AAACCUAUCCGGCCCGAUAGUUGUGCACCCCUACUCGAAUCAUAUUUUCUUCCAAAGAAGAAUCCUCUUCGCCUCCGGUCGGAACACGAAAGAGAGCAAACCCCUAGAUAUGGCAGAGAAAUUGGGACCAGAAAAGCGUCACAGCUUCUUACACGGUGGUCAGAAGGUCUUUGAGUGGGAUCAAACAUUAGAGGAGGUGAACAUUUACAUAACACUUCCACCAAAUGUUCCCACCAAGUUAUUUCACUGCAAGAUACAGUCUAAACAUUUAGAAGUUGGGAUUAAAGGAAACCCCCCAUACCUUAAUCAUGAUCUUACCUCACCGGUGAAGACUGAUGAUUCAUUUUGGACUAUAGAGGAUGAUAUCUUGCAUGUAACAUUGCAAAAGAGAGAGAAAGGACAGACAUGGUCUUCUCCUAUACAGGGGCAGGGUCAGCUGGAUCCUUUGGUGGCAGAUCAAGAACAGAAGCGCCUCAUGCUUCAGAGAUUCCAGGAGGAGAAUCCUGGGUUUGACUUCUCGCAGGCUCAGUUUAGUGGAAAUUGCCCUGAUCCCCGGACCUUCAUGGGAGGGAUCCGUUCAGAUUGACAUUUGAUUUGAUAUGCAAACAUCAUCACUAACUUGCUUGUGCUUCUGGUAAAUAAAUGAUGUAAGUAGGUCCUUUUUCAUUAUCCACCAAGUAGGUCCUUUUGGUCCUUAUCCAGCUCUGUCAUCAUAAUUUCUGUAAAAUGUUGAUACUGUCAUAAUCCUUGCCACUUUGUAUUGAAACUGUUUUUGGAUGGAAUUUUAUGAAUUUGUAUGUUUCUUACA